AUGUCACCAACAGCAACAUCUGCAGGAGACAAUACUGCAACAUCUACAGCCCCCAAGCCUACCAAAACGCCGGAAAGGCCUCUUCGUCACAUUCCUUGGCCGGAAACUCCGCUGGAGCAGAGAAAAUGGCAGCUGGAACAGAUGGCUGGUGCAUUUCGCAUCUUUGCUAAAUUAGGGUUUGCGGAUGGUGCUAGCGGGCACAUCAGUUUAAGGGAUCCCGUCCAGCCCGAGACCUUCUGGAUCAACCCCUAUGGCGUGCAUUUUGGUGUACUCACCGUUGCGGACAUGGUGCACAUCGACCGCGAAGGAAAUAGGAUUGGGGGCGGCGACGCGGCGGUCAAUCGCGCAGGCUUCAUCAUCCACCGAGCGAUUCACGAAGCUCGCCCGGACCUACACGCAGCGUGCCACAUGCACAGCCCUUAUGGAAGGGCAUGGAGCACAUUCGGUCGCGGCAUCGACAUGCUCAACCAAGACAGCUGCAUGUUCUACGAAGACCUCUCCGUCUACGCGGGCUUUGGCGGCGUUGUGCUGGCUCCGGAGGAGGGCGACAAUAUCGCGCGCGCUUUAGGACCACGAAAUAAGAACAUCAUUCUGCAAAACCAUGGUAUUCUCACCUGCGGCGGCACCAUUGCGGAGGCCGCGGCCUUCUUUAUCGCCCUUGAGCGUGCCUGUCACACCCAACUGUUGGUCGAGUCGUCGACGGCUCCGACUAAUGUGGGCGGUGCUGUCUCGGGCCUGUCCAAGACCUUGGUUUCGCCUGAGGAGGCCGAUUACACCAAAAAGGGUACGGGCACGCCCGAAGUCAUGUAUAUGCAAUUUGUGCCCGAGUAUCAACUCAUUCUUAAGGAGACAAAGGGUGAUUUUCUUUGA